GACAUAACAAAUACACAAACAAGACGAAUUCACUGUAUAGGUUCUCUGAUAAACAGAUACAUAUCUAUAGUGGGGAAAGAAAAGAACGAAGGAAAAUCGCGCAUGCGUCUGACAAAUUUCGGCCAUAUUGUUAUGACGCAUACGAGAUCAUAGGUCUCCGCCAGUGACGAGUCUUCUCGCAGUUGACGUGGCUACUACGUACCAUCCCGUUCGCCCACUCCGGACGCAGCAUAGACGGUGACGAGGAAUACGUAACUGGGAUUUCUUAUCUCCACAAUAUGGUCAGGAGAGAACCUAGUGAUAAAUAUGAAAGAUUCAUUCUACAUUAAGUGACAAUAGUGGGAAGAACACAGAAAGUUGACCUUGAAUAUUUUAGGUGACCUUAGUGGGCAUGGACGGAAUGGUGGAGGAAAACGGCACCUCCAGUGGAGCUGGCUCUGCGGAUCCAUUGAGCGCGGGAUCUUCCGCUGCCGGCGCUCCUCACGCUGUCGUUACCAGCAUUGUGCAGCUUACAUUACCCACACAGGCUUCUUCUGCACAGGCUCAAAGUGUAAUACAACCCAAUCAACAGUCAGUUAUACAAACAGCAUCCAAUAUUCAAUCUGUUCAGUUACCUAAAGGAAAUGUUAUCCUUGUUGGCAAACCAAGCUCUGUAAUACAUACUACCCAAGGAACUUUGCAAACAUUGCAGAUAAAGCCAGAACCUAACACAGUAGUGGGUACACAAGGGCAGUCCUGCAGUGAUGAUAGUUGUAGUGAUGAUGAAAGGCCCAAACAAAAAUAUCGGGAAAUGUUGAGUAGACGUCCAUCUUAUAGAAAGAUACUCAAUGACCUUGGAGGAGCUGAAAUUGCUGAAAAUCGCAUGGGAUCUAAACCAGGCUGUGAGAACGAAGUGUCGCUGUCAUCUCCUUUGUCCUUUGCGCCAGUGAUUCCAGCUGGAGCACUUCAGACAGACAGUGGCUUACAUACACUAGCGGUAUCGGGGGCCGCAGGCGGCGGCGCGAUUGUACAGUAUGCAACAAAUCAAGACGGUCAAUUCUAUGUGCCGGGUCCAAUGCUAGAAGAUCAAACUCGUAAACGUGAACUAAGACUACUAAAGAAUCGGGAAGCAGCGCGAGAAUGCCGAAGAAAAAAGAAGGAAUAUAUCAAAUGUCUUGAAAAUAGAGUUGCAGUGCUUGAAAAUCAAAACAAAGCACUCAUAGAGGAACUUAAAUCUCUAAAAGAACUUUAUUGCCAACAAAAGACAGAAUGAGGCCCAGCCGGCUAACCGGGUGUGCCGUUACCCUGCCGGUGAAAAUUUGUGGCACACAUGAUCACUGUGCUUACAUGCUGCUCUCAGAACAGGUACAUGGGUUCGCUCCACUCUCAAUGCAACGAGUCACGUUGGCGGGCUUGAUUGAUUGGAAUAUAUUCAAUUAAGUCAAAUAAACUUCUUGGAUUAUCAUUUAAGACAAAGUGGAUUAUUACGAAGUAUUGUUAGAUUAUUUUGAUAUGUUAAAUUGUUAAUAUCUGUUUUAUAAUUUUCUGUUAUUGUUUUUAAUAUCAGUUUGACUUUAGACACAGUGAAAAUAUACGAACUAGGUAAUAAUGAUAACGAAAUAAUGAUUAAAAUAUUUUAAACUUAUCCUAAAUACCUAUUUAUAGAUUUUGUUUACCAUUCCUUUAUACAUUUUUUGUAAUACUGUAUGAAGUGAAACAUUUUAAAAAUUCUAGUGCCAUUUUGGGUCAAAAAUUUUUUUUAAAAUAAAUUAUUCUUUUAUUGAGUAUUUGUCAAUGUGCUCAUAAUAUUUGAUACAACAAUUGAUGUAUGACAUUUUUACUUGCCUGUCUGUUCUUUCUUGUCAAUUGUGUUUCUACAUUCUUUACAAAUGGUCUUCAUAGUUUCUAUAUAAUUGUCACGUUAGUCUGUGAUUCAAGAUAUUGGUGAAAUUGUCCCUUUUUAUUAUAUUUAACAUGGUUGUUAAUGAAUUUUUACACCUAUCAGGUGUUUGUGGGUAAGCCAAAGUUAUAAUAUUUAGUUAUUUUGUGCAAUAGCCAUAUUGCAAUGUACAGUUUAUACCUAUCACUAUUUCUUCUCAUAAGUGAGAAAUAAGAAAUGAAAAUAUUAUGUACAUUGUGUAUAGAGAUAUAGGUAUUGUAAAGAAUGUAUGUAUAAUAAAAGAUGAAAUUCCUUUGUAUAUAGUUUAUUAGUUAUUUUAAUCUUGUGGGCGAGAAGGAAUGGUUGCUGUUGUACAUUAGAAUGAUAAUUAAUUUUCACUGCAUUUCUGAUUAUAAUCACAAAUUAUGAAUCGUUGCUGGUGUAAAUAAUUGCGAAUGACAGAUUCCAUUCUUUCAAUUUGAAUUCGCGAAAUCUACUAUAUUUUUGUGAAAGGGUAAAUAGUUGACUACCAGAGUUAAAUUAAGAUUUUAUGAUGUAUAAUUUGCCAUGAUUGACUUGACGAAAUACCUAUUUACUUUUUAAUACCUAUAGGUACUCAUUACCAUGAUAAGAUGGUAUAUUACCAUUGUAUUAAAGAUUUAUAUUUUUCUCUUGUUUAAAGUAAGUCAUGGCAAGUGAUUUAAGAUUAAUGAUAGACAUUGUGCAAAGUGCCUUCUAGAAUGAAUAAAGUUUAUACCAAGAUAGCUUUUUAUGUUAACUUAAUGCUAUUUAUAAAUAUUAAUAAUAUUAACUGUUUGAUGUA